CAGAAGACGCACGGCGAGGCUUUAUUAUUGAGCGUUAACAAAUCCGCCGUUGUUGAAGUAUGCGCCGCGUUGAACUGCCGCUCACCUAUGUCCGCGUCGCGCUAGAAUAAAUAGAGACGAUAUGCUUUAUUCAAGAACGAAGCGAUCGGAUCUCUUCUCUUGAGAGGAUAAAGAGAAGGCUCGUCGUCGCACUCGUCGUCGGCAGCUCGUUCCAGGAAGCCACGAGGAUCAGCCGAGCCAGACACCGGGCUCGUUUUCCACUCUCGCCGUAUCUUUGAUAGUGGGUCAACAUUCAACGUCGCGAAUCUGAAACGUAGGCGGCUGAUCGCGCCAACGUGUACACGGUCCUCGGCCCGACUCUUACGAAUCGUAGAUUCGCGCCUCUUCUUCGCGAAGCGAGGAGAGCAGCAAGCAAGCGGCGGUCCCACAUCACUCACAGCGGGAGUCAGCCGAGAGCCGUUCAUCAGCCGAGUGUCCCUCCGAGAGCCGAGAGGUCACAUUUCACAUCGGGUCCUCCUGCCGCGCGGUAUGUACACGUCGUACGGAGCGUCCGCGGUAACGGUGCCAAAUCCCAUCAGCUCCCGACGGCGGACGCGUGAAUUAUGAUAGGACGGUGAAAAAACGUGCGCCGACCGUGGGGGAAAAAAAAGAGAAAAAAAAAAAAAGAAUCCGCGCCGAUAAAUGAGCGUGUCCCCGAGGCUGCUGUCGACGAGCACCACCGCUUCUCUGCUGAACGUAGCAUGUAACGCGCGAGCGGCGACGUUCCUGCGAUCGCGUAAGAUCUUUCGUGUACUGGAACCGACCUGGCAACGAUCGUCUUUCCUGGAAAAUCUGUGCAGGGGUCCUGUCUGGAAAGCCCUGGUCUCCAGCUGUCUGGAGCUCGUUGCCUCUAUGGAUAAUUCCCCGUCCCGUCAGAAGGUCAAGAUGGAGCCCUACCUCGACACGUGCUACGGCCAGAACAACGCCAGCACGAUGUGCGACAUACCGUUUCACGCGGCGAACACGCUGAUCUAUUGCCAGGCCGGCGCGUUCGCGGACACGGCGCACGGCGUCAGAGCGAACGUGUGCGCGGCGGACGCCAGGUAUGGCAGUCACAUGGACAAACAAAGAUACAAGGCUAUAAGAAAGUGGAAGCGAGUCGACGGUCGAGAUAGAUCAUCCAACAAUGCGGAAGACUCCUUUAUGCUGAAACUCUUGACCUUCAAUAUCCUGGCGCAAAACCUGUUGGAAGAUCACGCGUAUCUGUACAUGGGUCACAACAAGAAAGCCCUGAGUUGGAAAACACGAAAACACCUUGUAUUACAAGAGAUAUUCGAGGCGGAGGCAAAUGUGAUAUGCCUUCAGGAAAUGCAGGAGGACCAUCUGCUAGAUUUCGUGGCUUCGUUCAAGCAGCACGGAUACGAAUAUCUGUAUAAAAAGAGAACCAACGACAAGAAGGACGGUUUGCUCUUGUUGUAUCGCUCCAACGAAUUCGUUUUGUUAGAUCACACGAAGGUGGAGUUGUAUCAGUCCGGUGUCGAGAUCCUGAACAGAGACAAUGUCGGGAUAAUCGCUAAACUGGCCCUCCGGGACAAUCCGGAAACGCAAGUCGUGAUAGCUACCACACACUUGUUGUACAAUCCGAAGCGCAACGACGUACGAUUGGCGCAGAUACAGCUCUUGUUAGCGGAAAUAGAGCGGAUCGCAUUCAUCGAGAACACGAUGACGGGCCCGAAGUAUUUACCGAUCAUACUGGCGGGCGACUUCAACCUGGAGCCGUUCACAGGCGUUUACAAGUUCCUAACGGAGGGCUCGUUCGAGUAUUGUGGCAAAGGACGAAGUUUAGAGCCGUCUCAAUUUCGCUCGCUGUCCAAUUCGCUGAUACCGCCGCGAUUGUGCGUCACCGACAACUGUCAGCACUUUAAUAUCCUGACUCAGAGAUUGCGAAGGGAAGGCACCGGUAAAGUCAUGCUGGAAAACAGCGAAUUACACCUUCAGAGGCGAGACGAGAAAGUAUCCACGCCUUGUAAUAUGAACGUGCUGCAAAAGAGCGCCAACAGCGACCCCGGCUGCGCGCAAGUCAUCGAGAUUGUGCAGGGGCAUUCCGCGAGAUUCUCGUCCGGCACCCUGACGCAUCCCUUUAACUUGCGCAGCGUUUAUACGCACAUAGACGCCCAUGGUGAGAAAGAGGCAACGACGCAUCAGGACGAGUGGAUCACAGUGGAUUAUAUAUUUCAUAGCAAUAUCCAACCUCUAGAAAAGUACACUCUACCCACAGUAAGUCAAUGCGCCGCGUUACGCAGAAUACCAAAUUUUAUAGUAGGUAGCGAUCAUUUGUGCCUAGGUGCCACCUUUCAGUUACCGAAAAAGAAAUCUCUACUUUGAAAUUAGAUAAGUUUUUUUUUUAAUAUAU